UCUCUGCAGCGAUGCUCGACUGCUCUGGACUGCGGACAAGAUGGCCACUGACUGUCAGUUAUAAAUCUCAAACAAAUUCUCUGAUAAUAUUCAUGUUUUAGGGGUUUGGUGAAAAUGGGAUUAUCUCAGAGCUCAGCUGUGUCCGAAGGAGGGACGUAUGGAUAUCACGUGCACGGCGUGCAGGAGAACUCACCUGCGGAGAAGGCCGGCCUGCAGCCCUUCUUCGACUUCAUUCUGUCUCUUGACAGCAACAGACUGAACCAGGAGAAUGACCUGCUGAAGGAGCUGCUGAAGGCCAACAUGGAGAAGGCCGUGAGGAUGGAGGUGUACAGCACCAAAACCAUGAGGGUGCGGGAGCUGGAGGUGGUGCCCAGCAACAUGUGGGGAGGACAGGGCCUGCUGGGCGCCAGCGUCCGCUUCUGCAGCUACCAGGGAGCCAACGAGAACGUGUGGCACGUUCUGGAUGUGGAUGUCAGCUCUCCUGCUGCUCUGGCCGGCCUUCAGCCCCACAGUGACUUCAUUGUGGGAGCGGAUCAGGUGCUGCAAGAUUCGGAGGACUUCUUCUCCCUGAUUGAGGCCCAUGAAGGGAAGCCCCUGAAGCUGCUGGUGUACAACACACAGACGGAUACGUGCCGAGAGGUGGUGGUCACGCCAAACGGAGCUUGGGGAGGAGAGGGCAGUUUGGGUUGUGGCAUUGGCUAUGGCUACUUGCAUCGGAUCCCAGCUCAUCCUGAGGUGUCGACGGAGAUGUCCCCCUCUCCUGAACUUGAAGAGAGCCCCUCUCCACCGCCGCCUACCCACGGAUUCACAGAGGCGUCCCUGAUGGCCCCCUCAGGGCAGAGUGAGGAUCCGGUAGAUCUGGAGCACGUCAUCCUCCAGGAUACUCCACUACCUCCACCCAUUCAGAGAGUCAUGGACCCCGGUUUCUCUGAGUCUGAAGUGGCGAUGAUGAGCACUGACCCUGCAGACCUGGUGGACAGGCUGGACCUGUCCAUGUCCUCCAUCGACAUGACCAACACCUCUCUGGCCAUGCAUGAGGAGAAAGAUAGUGAAAUCUCCGGUGUUGAGGAGCUGGACGACAGUGAGCUGCCUUCACCCUCAGCAGAGGACCAGACUGAACCACACGAGCUGAGCUCCCAGGCCGCCAUGGACCUCGCCUCUGCCCUCGCCUCCAGCGACACCCAGUCUGACUCGCCCAUCCCACCCAGCGAGCCACCUCAACCCGUCACAGAGUCCUCAGCCCCGCCGCCCGGCUCCCUCUGUGACCCCGGUGAUCCUGCGGAUGCAUCGGAGCCUCCCGCCGAGUCUCCUGUCCCUGCUGCGGCCACGCCUCCCGUCGACCUCCUCCCGACCCAGGCCGUCACCGUCUCCUCAGCGGACGAUCCUCCCGGCGAGCCCGUCAUGGACGCCGUGGAGCCCGACGUCAUCAGCUCAGCAGAGCCGCCGGCGGAGCCUCAGCCAGCUGCGCCCGAUCAACAACACGACUACACCCAAGACGAGGAGGAAGACGAUCCGAGUGCAGAGCUCAGCCCUGAGUAAGCUUGUGUCAGGUCAAACACGAAGUACAAAAAUGCAAAGUGAUGCAGACAAUCAGUGGGGCAUUUUUUUUUCUUUUUUAGGGAAACACUAUGGAGGAAACAGGACAUGAGCAAGGGAAUAGGUGCCCUGCCAAAUUUGUUACUGAUAGUCUUACAUGAUAGAAUGGCUUCAUCAUCAGACUAGAGACACCACAGGAAGCGACUAAAGCAUUAGGCAAACACUUCAGAGGCACUGUAGUGUUAUCUCUGCUCUCUUGUAUCGUAUAAAAAACUUACAGGUACUGCUAAUUUGUAAGCCAAAAACCUGUUAACUUUACUUCUUUGUCCAGGCUUAAAAUCCAAUAAUGACACUAGAUGUAGAUAUCACUUUAGUCCUUUCAUACGCCAAUGGAAUCAAUACUUGAAUACUUCCAAAGACAUACUUGUUAGUACACUAAACAUGAGGACACACACAUUACACAGUUAACUGCUGAAAAGCACAGCUGCACCUUAAUCUUAAUACCCAUGACAUUUGUCAGUUUUUUGUUUUAAUCAUCAGAUCGAUCAGAUUAUUGGCAUUUUGAAAGAGUAAACGUUACACAUCCAUUGACGACAGAAAGACGGUGCUAAAUUCGGUGCUGAUGUUGUUGACGUGUUUGAGAGAUUAUCCAAAUAAUAACGGUGAUGACACACCAGAUGGAGGUUUUAAAAACGGCAUACGUGGUUUUAUUUUAUGGAUUGGCGUUCAGGCACAUUUUUAGUUUGCGGCCCGUGUGCGGAGGUUCAGGGUGCUGAUGCUGUGUUUACAGGGGAAUUAUGAACCAACUUGUAGUCAGGUCUUUCUUAAAUCUGUUUUUAUGAGUUCAUUUUAUGUUUUGAGUAGCGUCAUUUAUUCUGAUUUGUUCAGCCACGCAGGUCAACUGUGAAGGCGAUUUGUACUACGUGUGUAGGAGGAAUGGUCCCGCUCUCUCCUUGUGCAUUAUUCCCACUUUGUCAUUUUUGUGAUCUAUGCAACAGUAACAAUACAGUAUUGCCUGUCAUUUGACUCUGUGUUGAAGGGCAAUUAACAGGGCAUAAUGUAAACCUGAUAGAUGACAGACCUUUUGUAGUCUUUGAUAACAUAGUGAUGCUGCUGUUAGCUGAAUAAUGUUAUAGAUGUUAUGUUUUUUUUGUAGGGGGCAUCCUGUUUUUCCACCUUCCAAGUAGGUGCUAGUAGUUAUAAAAAUAAGGAAAAUACGUAUUUUUGCAGAUAUUUUAUCAAUGAAUUGUAUGUUUUAUUAGGAAUGAGUGCAAACAAAGAGUCUGUUGAUGAAUGUGGAAUGGGUGACUUUUUUUUCGACGCUAAAAGAAUGACAUAUCACUGGAACAAAAGGUAAAAAUAAUUAUUAUAAUAAUAAUAAAAAAAAUCAACUUUU